AUGCAAAUUGCCGUUCUCGAAUGGGAUGGUCCCAAUGACCCGGAUAAUCCGAUUAACUGGCCGAAGUGGCAGAGAUAUUGGCAUAUCAUUCCGCCAGCCAUCAUUUCUUUCACGGCGACUUUAGGAGCUUCGAUUUACACACCUUCGUAUCCUAGUAUCCAGGAAAUUUUUGAGCAGAGUUCCACAGUAGCACUCCUGCCUUUAUCAUUAUACGUUCUAGCUUUGGGAUUUGGGCCCUUGAUUGCCGCUCCGCUUUCCGAAACAUAUGGAAGAUAUAUCGUGUACACCAUCAGUACACCAGUCGCCGCGAUUUUCACAAUCGGGGCUGGGUUCUCGCAAAACAUAUACUCUUUAUGUAUUUUGCGAUUCCUCGCAGGAAUGGCUUUCAGCCCUUCACUGGCUAUCGGUACAGGAAGCGUGGGUGAUCUGACGGUUCCUGAAAGACGAGCUGUUUCGUCCACACUCUAUAUCAUGAGUCCAUUCCUGGGUCCAUCAUUUGGUCCUGUCCUUGGCUCCAUUGUAACUGUCAAGAUGUCCUGGCGCUGGACACAAUGGACUUUGAUCUUCUUUGCCGUUCUCUCAAUGGUCGUGACCUUCUUUUCUAAGGAAACUUACAAAUCGGUCAUCCUCUCUCGAAGGGCAAAGCAGCGGAACAUUGAACUUCCUCCGGGUCCUUCCACCCUGACCAAACUGCGUCUGUUCUUGACAAUCACGCUUGUCCGUCCACUGCACAUGCUUUUCACCGAGCCAAUCGUGGCCUUCUUCAGCCUUUACACCGGGUUCAACUUCUCUGUCAUCUUUGGGUUCAUGGCGGCCUACCCUUACGUCUUCCGAUCCAUUUACGACUUCGGCACAAUCCCAUCAGGAUUGAUUUUUCUCGCUAUCGGCUUCGGCGGGUCUAUGGCAGUACCUACUGUGUUGCUUUGUGACCACUAUUGUUAUCAGCCACGUGUGCGUGAGUCCAAAGCUGCUGGCAAGAACGGUGCAAUCGCUCCAGAGCACCGUCUUUAUCCCGCAAUGAUUGGCUGUUUUGGUCUGCCUGCAGCAUUGUUUUGGUUUGCAUGGACCGCUCGGCCGUCAAUUUCUUGGUGGAGUCCUGUCAUCGCCUCAAUUCCUUUUGCUUGGGGAAACUCGACAAUCUUCAUCUCCGCGACCGCAUACUUGCUUGAUACGUAUCAAGCUCUCUAUGGAGCCAGUGCAAUGGCAGCCAAUGCUCUUGUCAGGUACACACUGGGCGCUGCCUUACCGCUUUUCACCUUGCAAAUGUAUAAAGGACUAGGAACAGAUUGGGCUACAAGCUUGCUGGGGUUCGUUUCUGUUCUUUGCAUACCGAUACCUUGGGUUCUUUUCUUCUAUGGCCCCGCAAUUAGAUCGAGAAGUAGUUAUGAAACAAUUAGGGUGUCUGCGUAA